AUGCUUUUGUCACGCGGCGGAGCCUCAGAUCACGCCCCCGUGUGCGCGGGCACCGGCCAGGAGCGGACCCAGGGCGCUGCCCGCGGGGCGCCCACCUACGUGAAGUGCACAGUCAACGCCGAGCCUUCCCGGGACAUCUCGUGGGCGUGGGUAAGGACGCUGGCGGACGGCAGCGAGGUGAACAUCCCCGAGGAUAACAUCCACAGCGAGGGCGUCACCUCCAAGGUGAUGGUCACGCCGCGGACGCCCGAGGACUACGGCCAGCUGCUGUGUCGCGCCGCCAACGAGGUCGGGCAACAGCGGCAGGCGUGCGUGGUGACCCUCGUGCCCGCGGGGCCUCCUGACACGCCCUCCAACUGCUCCGCCUCCCCCGUCUCCCCCGACGUCCUCGUGCCCCACGCAGCGCUCACGGUGACCUGCCUGGAAGGCUUCGACGGCGGCCUGCCGCAGAGCUUCCAGCUGGAGGUGUGGCAGGAGGGGUCCUUCGUCGCUAACAUGUCCAGCGGAACGCCAGAGUGGCAGGUGACCGGGUUGAAGGCGGGGCAAGGCGUGACCUUACGUGUCCUCGCCCACAACAACAGAGGGCGGAGCGAGGUCACCCGUUUGGAGCUCCACACGGCCAGCGCCCAACAUCACGCAGCUCCAGGUCUCGUAAUCGACUCGGAGAGGGAGAAGGUUUACCUGGGUGUGCCGCCCCUCCUGGGAGUUCUGGUGGGCGUGGGGGUAGUCCUUCUGGUCCUGCUGAUCGUGGGCGUGGUCAUUGUGAGGUACGCCCGUCACAGGCCGCCCCCCACGCACGUGCACACGCUGGUCAUGACGCCCACGUGCCGCGACGGGGGGGCGGAGAGCUACGACCCGGAUGUGGUGUCCUCGCUCAAACGGCCGACGGAUAACCUGGACGUACUGCCGCGGACGGCGCACGCCCAGGGCGAGGCCGCCGCCGGGCGCGCCCACGGCCAGGCGGUCACCCGGACGCGCGCUAACGGCCAGACGGUGACGCAGGCGUAUGUGCACCGGCAGGGAGCCAAGCGGGGGACCCUCGCGCGGGGCCUGUGUGUGCGGCGGCAGGACAGUCCAUUUCCUGACACCGACAGCGACUCCUCUGACAGCUCCGACUCGGAUUCCACCUUCACGGACCUGACGGCGGCGGGAAGGGCGGCCAUGGGCUCCAAGGCGGUAAGCAGCCACUCCUUCCCGAGACUAGCAGGCCAGGAGGCGCACAACGCGCAGUCUUCCUUCGACCUGCACCUGUUCUCGGGUCCGACCGCGCAGGUGGUCGGCGGUACCACGGGGGGGAUGUUUCAGAACGUCACAGGCUUCAGUCACGAGCUGCGUCAGCUGCCAGCCUCAGCAGAGGAGCUGAGGCAGCUAUCCUCCGCGAGGCAGUUCAUCACGUCUUCCGGGGAGCUACGUCAGCUAACGUCUUCGUCGGCAGAGCUGAGGCAACUCACAGCUUCUUCCGGGGAGCUUCGGCAGCUGACGUCUGCUUCAGGAGAAUUCAGACAACUCACUUCUUCCUCAGGAGAAUUGCGGCAACUUGCCUCUACCUUAAAUAGUUAUCCUCCCUUGUUAUUUCCCGGAGAACUUCAGAAAAUGGUGUCUACGGGCGAUUUACGGCCGCUCCUCUCUGCGGAGAACAUCACCCACCUGACCCUCUCUGGGGGAGAAUUCCGCUUGGUGCCGGUGUCAGGUGGGUCUUGGCACCUGAUAAGCAAAUCGCCCUCGGGACUCCAGCCAACCCCUUCAGCUUCCACCAAAUACCCAGCCCUGCCAGACACAACGGCCCAUCCCCUGGCGACUCCCAGUCAGGUGGAGGCCAUUCCUGCAACCUGGGGAAGCGUUCAGCUGCAGACCUGCAAUGUCCAGCUGCAGCAGCCUUGUUCCAUGCCAGGCAGUGAUGUAGGGCCCCUGCCUGCUGUAGAUUCGGCAAUGGCCCUUAGUACUACAGGAGCAGCACCUGUGGGUCUAGCUGUGCAGAUUGCAAAUCCCCAACGGCAACUCCAUCGGCCGGACCACAUUAGAACGAGCCAGCCAAAUCCAUCGCACGCCCAGAUGCAGUCACCGGGCAAUGGAGUGACCCGCCUACCGGGGAGUGCUUUCAAACAAGACCCACAGGCACGCCUCGGCAACCUUCAGCCAUCUCAGUCGGUGCUUGAGCUUGAGCCUCCUCCGCUCUUUAGCGAGAACCUCCAAGCGCAGUCGUCCGAGGCUUGCGCGGAGGCACACUCCCCGCCAACGUUCAUGCAAAUACAGCCUCCUCCAUCUUUCAGAGAACCACAUCUCGCAUAUUUUGAAGAGCACGUGCCCUUGCUGAACUCAUCAGAGGAACACCAGUAUCCCCAAAGGUCCUUUGAUUCGACGCAGUUUCAGCUACACACUUCUGAGACCGUUCAUUUGGAUCCUUCAUCUGGAACAGCGCAGGUGGUUUCUGCUAACUCAGAGAGUCUUCAGCAGUCUCCUGGGGUUCAAGCAGCACAAAGACCCAUAGCAGGCGAAUUUCGAAAGUUUUUCAGCUCAAUGUCCCAGUCCAAUAAAUCAACACCUGUUCCAGAAAGCAUUCAGUCACAUUCGCCAUCGCCUGCUGCCAAAACGCCUCCGUCUCCUCCGACCGAAGAGUCGCAACCCCUUUUACUUUCCCCAGAGACGAAAAUGCCACACGGGUUUCCUUCCACGUACCAACAGCCGCCGCUUAUUUCGUCAGUGAACCAACCGGCUGUAGCAAGAUUAGCUGUCGAAUCCAACACCAUGCCACGACCUCCAACCCCGUCUCCAGCUCGGUCUGCAUUUCGCCAAGACAGAGACUCCGUAGCUGUGCCUAGGCCUCUGUCUCAAAGCAAGACGAUAAUGAGACAAGCAUCCAAUUUAUCCACAGGGAAGAAGGGCUCUUCCUCGGCGCCGGAUGGCUCAGAGCAAAAGAGCAAAGGAAAACAAGUGACCUUCAAGUACGAGCCUCAGGAGGACACCUCGGUCAUAGCGAGAAAGCCAUCGAAGACUGAAGCAACCAAAAAGGAAAAGCGAUGCGCUCAACUCUUUUCCUACGUCGACUUGUCCUCCCCGAGUAGCAUCGACAGCCUCUUUCUGGACAGCAAGUCCUCUCCGCCUUCGUCUGUCUCCUCACAGUCUUCUAAUCUUCCCAACACCAGCAGAACCGAUCAGCUGUACGGUGAAAGUUCGUCUCGUUGCCCUCCGUCUGUCCAGGAUAAAAAGAAAGGCUUUUCUUAUCGUGAAGCUUCGACGCCUUUGAAGCCACCGAGAGGAUCGAACCUCUCCUCUCCAGUCUCUCCAGAAGCGCCCAAAGAAACCGAAUAAGCUUCUGCGCCUUCGUGUAUUACCCUGACCCGUGCAGUCUCUCACCACAGAGACAAGCUGUCACGAAACCAAUAAUCACAGGACAGUUGUUCACGUUGCACUGGCUGGGUGCAACAGGGAGUUCGAGAUGGAUAGACCAUCGACUCCCAAAUAUAUUUAAGAGCUUUUGUGUCAUUUUUGCCACAUGUUAUGUCCAGACUGUAGGUGCAUAGAUUUCUUUUUUAAAAACAAAAUGAAACUUACGGAAAUCGGCAAAAAUGAGGCUUUGUAUAUGAAAAAAUGAAGAUUAAAUCAUAUUAAACACAAAACUGGAUUGUCCACAAAACAGCUUGUGUUGUAAAUAAAAGUUUUCAUUUUAAUGAAUCUGGA